CAAAGCCAAACUGGCGCUUUACAUUCAUAAUAUUGCGGAUAAAUCGCGCCAAAAAUGUGUUCGAUUGUAAAAGCUGCAGCUGUCGAUAAAUACCAACUGACCACUCAUAUGACGUAGAUCAGCAUCAUCAAGAGUCGGGACCAAUUAUAAUCAGCUUCGUCACAAACUGGAAUAUCUUUUGUACACGACGAUAACCUACGCUUGGCUGCGCUUGGCCUUUGUAACUAAACGCAAGGACGAAACCAGAGUAUAUAGAACACAGGGCCUUGGACGAAACGUAUUUAUUCCGUCGUGGUCCGUGGACGUUGGGGUUGCUACGCGCCCGUCUCCCAUGAUACAGUGUGCCUCAAUCAAUUGGUAUAACUUACAAUUUGAUUUGCCAAGCAGUUUCAGUUUGAGUUGGUUGAGCAUAUACCUACCUAAUUUAGUUGAAGGGUUUCCUGUAUUUCAGAUCACUGAUCUCAUUGUUGAGCAUGUCGCACGUGGAGCAGCAGCGCGGCAGGGACCUCCGGGAGCGUCUGAACCACCGCCGCCGACACGAGGAGCGGCGCCCGUCGCUGCGCUCCCGAUCCAGAUCGCCCGACAAUGACAACAGAAAGACCAGGGGUCCUCUGUCUCCGCCGUUCAGAAAGCGCGGCACUCGGCAGCGGCGCAACUCGAGUUCGUCCUGGCCCAAUGAGUCCACCGAAAACGACGCCCCUCAGCCAGAGAGAAGGCGCGGCACUCGGCAGCGGCGCAACUCGAGCUCGUCCUGGCCCAAUGAGUCCACCGAAAACGACGCCCCUCAGCCAGAGAGGACUCGUUUCGAAAAAGAAACCGACCCUGUUAUACUGGCAAGAAGGCAAAAGCAGCUUGACUACGGCAAGAACACGCUUUGCUACCAGGAAUAUAUCGAUACAGUCCCAAAGCACAAGCGGGAGCCGUUCCAUCCGCGAACGCCGGUGAAGACGCGGAAGACCAGCCGGCGUCGGUGGGACUCGGCGAUCAAAAACUGGCGGAUUCACCUACACUACUGGAACGACCCGGUGAAGCUGGCCGCGCUGCGCAGUCGCAAGGACUCUGACUCGAUCGGCUCUGACUCCGAGUCGGCCGGCACGGCGUCUGUGGCCAGCACGCCGGACCGGCGCCGUGACAGCGACAAGCCGCCGCCGGCGCAGCCCAUCGCCGUGAAACGGAAGCCGCCCCAGGAGCCGGCCACAAUCAAACAGGAGCACACGGCGGCCGGCGACCACGCCACAGAGGAGCGUCACAAGGCGGUCGACCUCAAACAGGACACGAGGACAGUGAAACAGGACGUCAAACAGGAGCCCGGAGCCGCGAAACGGGAGCUGUCGUUCCCGGUGGUGGUCAAACAGGAGCCGAUCGAUCCGGACCUGAUCAAACAGGAGCGGCUGAGCCCGCCGCCGGACGCAGCGAAACAGGAUCUGGAGCAAACCGUGGUGAAACAGGAGCGUUCGGAGCCGGAGCCGGAGCCUCCUGCGGCGAAACAGGAGCCAGAGUCGGAGGACGAGAACCAGGAUCCUAGCGAGGAGUACGACCCGUCCUUCUCCUGGGCAGAUGACGUCGAGGGCCUGGUGGAGGAGCUGGGCGGGGCACCGAUCUGAACGACUGUGACGCACGGCGCGUGCCAAAGACAGAUCGUCGCCGCCACCCGUACUUCAAAACGCGGUCUGAUGUGUACUUCUUAUAUUGUACUUCAAGAUGCCCUCGGACUUGAGAGCGUUUGAUGCAGGUGGUGUGCGAAUGGAUUUAUCGGACGUUUGUCGAAUCCCGUUGAGAACUUCAGCAGCGGUUUUCGAAUGUUUGUAACCAAGAGCAUUUGGUAGGUUUUAUCGCAAGCCGCUCACAGGCGUAGAGCUACUCUGUCUUAAGAACAUUAUGUAUUUGUGGACGCGACACGUUCAAUACAUGCUAUGAUUUUCA